GCUUAUUCUACUCCCCGUUCCUUUCUCUUAUUACGUAGAGUGUUCGCCGUCAAUCGACUUCCAUUCCUGCACCAUUCUAUGAGGUGCACCUUCCUCCUCGAUUCCCUUUGACCAGGCCCGACUUCCAUGUUGUUGCGGGUAGCCAAAGCAGCCGGAGACGCGGCUGCCCUGCUAAGAAAUAGCCAUGGACAGACCACGGCGCAUUGACGACCUUGCGGACGAAUUGAUCAGUCAUAUCCUCUCGUUUCUCUUGGGAUCAGAGCCUUCCUCUAACGAUACCUCCCCCACGAACAGCCAUGGCUCCUACGUGCCCAAUGGCAGCUGCGCGCAUGGCGAAACGUCCGACUUGGACCGAUUCAGGCUGGUGUGUACAAGAUUCAAGCGAAUCGCUACUCCAUGGAAAUUUCCCCGUUUCGUCCUUCGCUUCUCACGAGAUGGGUUUCGGAGGUUAGAGGAUCUUCUGGAAAUGCAGCUGGCCUGCCAUGUUAAAUCCUUCACGUACAUGGUGCGACCCUUUUACCAAGGAAGCGACUGGCCCCGUGUCUUGAAAGCAGUCGAAACGCAAAACCUCGCAAUUUCGCAAGUACAUAAGAGUCGGCGUGAAGACCAGGAAUACAUCAUCGCUGGGAGCUAUGAUAUGCUACUCUUGCGCCGCGCUAUAUCUGCAUUCUCAUCUCUUCAGCAAAUUAAACUGCUUCGCUUGCAAGAUGGGGCGGACGAGCAAUUGCUAGAUUAUAUACGUGAGCAAUCUUCAGCAGAAACCGUUUAUCUGGACUGGGAGCCAGCUUGCACGCGGGCUAUCACAAGUCUAGCGAUUUCUCUGCUAGAGUCAAACUGCAGCGCUAUUCGCUUCGUCGGGCCACAAAUUAGCCCCGAGUCCGCAGUGAAACUAUCACAGACACCUCCACUGAUGCUAUCCACCUUGGGUGCUCGAUUAACGAGCUUAGAUGUCACCUUUCAUUCUUCUAGAGACAUGACGAGCAGCAUAAAAUCUGUUUCUAGCGUCUUUCAUGACUUCUUUCUAUCCGCAAAGAACCUGACGUCAAUAAAGUUAGGCUUUCGGGCCAACAUGCCUCUCGAUCUCUCGCUAGAACUCAUUUUCCACCGCCUACAAUGGAAGAGGCUCCAGGCUCUCAGCAUUCAGGGUUGGCGUCUACAUUCGGAAGAGGUAAUCUCCCUGAUCCGCCGACACAGGAGACAACUUCGUGAUAUCGCAUUGACUGGCGUCUACCUGCGCAGUGGGGGCCGAUGGCGGGAUAUACUGUCCGUCCUGCACGACGAAAUGGAUCAAGUAGAACGUAUAUAUUUACGGGAUAUCGACUACGCAGACCAUUUGGACUCGGUCUCACCAGAUACCAAUGGCCAUGCCAGUACUUCCAGCACGUCGGUCCUCUCCAUCGUCCCAGAACCUACACUCGCCCUACCUUACCAAGCCACUUUCAAUGCUGAUUACCCAUAUUUCUCUCCCUGCGGAAGUACCCGACGUUCAUUUUCCGAGACAACCCUGGAGCAGUUGAGAGCACUCACGGCGGAUGACCUAGGUGAUAACGGAGUGAGCGUGAGACGCGAGCAGAGGUUGCUCUGGGAGGCGUGGGUACUCUCUAGCCCUAGAAACAUGUUACGACGAUGGCAAUAGCAUAAUCACUGCUCUACGAUGAGCAAAAGGUUGGGGAGGUAAUGCUUUAGCUUUUCUGUAUGCAUCGCAUCGUUUUCAAAUAGUUCGAAGAAACACAGAGCUGUCCCAGGACAAGUCUGAAGAUACAUGAGAAGAUUCAGGAGACCGAUAGAAGCGUCAUGCAAUAUCCUAGAGUUUCCACGAUAACUGACCAUCUUCGCUGCCAGUUAUCGUCAGGUCUGCACACAACUUGAUGACCAAAUCAGCUAACAAGAUCUGGCAAAUUCUUUCUUA